AUGGAUCCGGAAUCCACUCCCCAUUUCAUUAACGGUCGACACCCUUCUGUUAAACGUCCUAACCACCAACUUCCCGUCCAGCGCUCAUCGAACAACCAGGACGUUCCUUUACCCGGCUUUACUCUCUACAAUCCAACAAGAAACACGACUAAUUCAUCUCUCCAUCACACCGGGAGCUUAAGCGUAAGAAAAAACUUUAGCGGAGGUACCCGCAACAAACAUACUCGCUCGGCUACCGUAGCUAAUAUCGAGAGCGCUGCUAACGACACCCGUAAAACCAAUAACCGCACACCCGUCUUGCCAAACCCAAUGCAAUCACAUCCCCAAAUUCACAAACGUGGCUUCUCCCGUACAAUGAAGAGCAUAUCUUCCUUCAUUCAAAUAGGCGUAAACAUUCCCCCAUACGUAUCAUUCCCGCUUACAAUCGACAAGUCAUUAUCAAUUGAACGAUUGGCCAGGCAGAUCGAAGCAGAAUAUGCAUUUAAAUUUUCCGGAAUAGAUCAAAAUUGUUACGAGCCCUUGGAAGUCGGUUUAUUAUAUGAUGUAGGAAUGUUGGCUUUGAAGUUUAGAGACAUUGUCGGUGAUGUUUUGGAACAUGGAGACGUGGUAAAUGUGCUUAAUGUCUACGAUGAAGAUUACCAACGAAAUUCGAGCGUGGAAGGCUCGGAAGACGAAAGCAUUUAUAGUCGAGCUGAUUACGGCUGUGAACAAGAUAUCCCGUCUGUACAAAAUUCACAAUCUUCACAUUAUUUACUGCAACAUAAUCAUCAGACUUGGCACAAAGAUGCUGCUGCAGACUCGAUCAUGGGGGAAGCAACUAAUUCAGAAAACCAAAUCCAGAAAAUUAUAUCACAAUCUGACCAGCGUCUCCGUGCAAUUCUAUCCAAUAUUCUUGCAAUGACUUUCUUUCAGAAAUUCACUGUCCGCGAAUACUCUGUCGAAAAUCUCUUAUUCUGGCUUGACGUGGAGCUUUUCGCAGCCGGUGUCUCUGGAACGAAUGAAGAUAACUAUUUUGAUGAGAACCAGACUGCAGUGAUACAUGCAAAGUACAUUUAUCUGACUUAUGUGCAUUCGCAUGCACCAUUGCAAGUGAAUCUUAGUGAUGAGGUUAAGAGAGCGGUACCGUGGCCGUUGGACGAUGAUUGCGUUGUUGAUAGGCGGAUGUUCGAUGAAGCACAAGAAUCAGUUUAUCAGUUGAUGAAGGGGCACACUUUUCUUAGGUUUGAGGAGAGUGAAGAAUGGAAAACUUGUGAAAAGAUCAAAAAUGAAGACCCCCAAUGCUACGCUUCAUAUGAAAUGACCGAAUCGAUUGACAAAUAUUUCAAGCCCAACAUGUCAUUGAUGUUAGCUGUCACAAUGGCACUCGACUAUGGUCUAGACGCUACUCCGAUAUCCCAUCACUACAAAGAACAAACGCUCCAUUCCAUGCUUUCUCAAUAUUUUCCCGAAACUAUCCUAAACAAUGUGACUAAACGUCAGCACCGCCCGGCUUCAUCUGUUCCAUCGCAUGUCGUUGAAGGAUACUUUAACUCUGAAAAUCGCAUGACGUCUGCUCAGCGCAUGCGCCGCAUUAAAAAGGAACGCAAACUCCAAUGGGUAUUUGGCGAGAAAGUCUCUCGUUUAGACGGACAAAUUGUCAUCAUGCCCAACAAUGACUUGAUGGAACACGACAAUAGGAGUAGCGUAAUUUCAAUGGUUUCGGAGACUUCUCGAAAGACUACAAAAGACGUAUGGAACAGGAAAAAGAAGGUUGAGAAGCUGGAAUCCAUUUUUGGAAGAGAGCUAAGAGAUUCCCAGCUAAUUUCCCAGAAUAUUUUUAAGAAGAACGGAAACGCAAAUGGAGAAAAAGUGUCAAAAGAGAAACCGGCCGACCAAGAAAUGGAAAAAAGUCUCAAAUCGCCGAACGAGUUAAGUCCCAAAGAGCGACGAAUGCUAUGGAAAAAGACGAAGAAGCUUCAAGUAGUUUUGGGACAACCACUGGAUGAAAAUGUAGUAUGGCAAUCGCUUACUCUACCAGCAAUAAAUUCUACCACCUCACCUCGAGGGAAACAGUUUUCGCCUACCAGUCUUCCGGUAUACGACUAUCCUGCUCGAAAUCCAGAUGGCACCUUAUCUUACGUGCGCCGGAUUCCUCGUCGUGCUUCUGAUCCUAUGCCGCCCUCGCCCUCAUUAUCAGUCACCAGUAAUUCUUCAUCUUUGUUACAUUCCCCUCUUCCACCAGCACCAUCCAUGUAUUCAAGACCUCGAUCGGGAAGUUUUGAUUCUGCUACCUUUAGUAUGUCCGAAGUUCCAUUGAUCAUUGUUAACAAAGAUUCUAAGGAAUAUAGACGCAAAAAGUUGCAGAAACUGUAUCACUUUCUAGGAGAGAAAGUGCCUGUGCAUAUAGUUCUUGGAGGAGAAGCCGAAGAUAUAGAUAAAGAAGAUUCGUCUCAGAAAGCAAAACGUAAAAAUGGUCGGCCACAUUAUUCGCGGUCUAAACAUUCUUCAUCGGAAAAUGUAGCUGACCAGUCUCUGCGAGAAGAUGUCCCUAAUAAAUUGUCCGCUGCAGAUAAGAAGCGCCAUUUGCAACGUGCGGUCAAGUUGGAGAAGGUCUUUGGCGAAAUUCCACCGCAAGACCUCUUUAAACGUAGCCCUACAACGAAUCCUGAACACGAAAACUGCGCUGAUUUAAAUAUGCACAGACUGAGUAUCGUGUCGUUGGGUUAUUUGAUGGACAACGACAAGGAGGCAGUGUACGAGCUAAUAGAUUACAUGGCCGAAAGUGACGAAGAUGAUUUCACAUCGUCACCCAAUGCCAUAAACUCUGCCGCACAUUUCGACAGACAGGCAAUCUCAGCCCCGUCGUCUCCUCACUCUGAAUCUCCGCAUCAGUCUCGAUAUUUGCACUCUAAGCAAUCUCGAAUGCGAGGAAUACGCAAGUUAUCGCAUUUCUUUGGAGCUACAUAUGGUCAGAUGUUCCCUGAUCAAGUACUUGGAGAAAUUUUGGGGGAGAUUGAGUACGAAAUACACGAGGCGUCACGUAAUGACAACGUGGAUAGGGCUGUGGUAGAUGGAUUAAUGGGACAAUUACAUACUCUCAGAAUGAGAUCCGGAGAAUUAGCUCCUAGCGAUGACGAAAUGGAAGAUGGUGGGGAAAUAGACAAUGCUCGUAGCGUCAAAUCUGGAGAAAUCGAUAAUGAGUCGAUAUAUGAAGAUGUGAGGAAAUGGUAUGAGAAGAAUGGAAGUGAUAGAGUCUUAUUACCUGUCAAUUAA